CCCCCCCGCUAACUAAUCUCCUCCAUCCCCACCCCACACCACACCAAAAAUAAUGGCUGCUGCUGCUGCAGGUUCCCCCUCCUCUAAUUAUUCGUCUCCUGCAGCAGCUUCUAGUUGUGCCUCUUCAUCUCCUUUUCCCUCUUCCUCUUUCUCUCCCAAAAGUAGUCUCAACUCCUCCAUUGCUAAAGCAGCUGCUCCCACCCCCUCAAAGAACAACAGUAAUAAUAAUAGUAAUAAUUAUCCGGCCUCCUCGUCCUCCAUGAAGCUGAAAGGGCUCCUCCAGACGCUCUUCUUGUCCCACAUGUACCGCAUUGCACGCGCCCUCCACAAGGCCAAGGAGCUCCUCCUCCACCUCUUCAAGGACAUCGGCGGCAUUAAUGCAGCUGCCUUCCUGGGGACCAUCACCAAGGCCAAGAAGCGCAAGCAGCCCCACAACAUCUUCUUCGGCUCCUUCAGGCUCUACUACAACUGGUGCUCUUCUCAACCCUACGCCUACUCCUCCUCCGCCACUGCGAAUUCCACCCAGCUCCACUACUUUUAUGACAAUCAUCAUCAUCACCAUCUUCUUCAUGACCCCUGGAAUACUGAUACUACUACUGCUGCUUCUCACCAUCGUAAUUAUGUCGUGUCGCCCAAGAGGUUUCCCGGGUACGAAGAAUACUCGGAUUCUUCGACUGCAGCAGCAGCCGAGCUCUCCAGGUACUUGCAGUGGCUGGAGGAAAGGGGAAGAGGCUGCAGCCAUGAGGAGGAGAGGGAUUCCUGCAGCAAUGAGAUUGAUAGAUUGGCUGAUUUGUUCAUUGCUGAUUGCCAUGAGAAGUUCAGGUUGGAGAAGCAGGAGUCUUACAGGAUGUUUCAAGAAAUGAUGGCUAGAAGUGUCUAACGGAUCAUUCACCUCUCCUCUCCUCUCUUUCUCUCUCUCUCUCUCUCUCUCUCUCUCUCUCUCUCACCCACACACACACACACACACACACAUAUAUAUAUAUAAUUAGUAGCAAUUAAGUUAGUUAGCUGUUAGCCUCCUUAAUUCGUUUUGAUUUCUCUUUGGUGGAUUGGUUGUUUCUCUUUUCUGUGUAAUGGGGGUGGUGGUGGUUUCCCCAGUAACUAGUUAGCCAACUCAAAUUCAAAUCCCAGCUAAUUAAUUAAUUAAUGGCAGUAUAUAUUUGGGGAUCA